AUGGCAUCCUCAUCUACAGGUAUGUAUGUAUAUGUAGAUUUUCAUUACAAUGGAUUCUUUUCGCCAAACCCAUUGGUGUACUUAGACCCCGUAAAAACAAAUGUACGUGAUGUGGAUUUUGGGGGAUUUACGUAUAAAGAGUUUCUUUUGUGGCUUACGAAAUUAACAAAUGGAGAAUGUGAUAAUGUCUACUACUGUAUGAGAAAGGAAAGCUUGUGUGAGGGUAUUAGAAGAAUCGACAGUGAUGCUGAUUAUUGGGAGUUUGUGGAGACUGUUUAUAGUCUGGAGAGUGAUAGUCUUGAGAGGUAUGAGUUGGAUGAAGAGGAUGACAAGGAUUCUGAAGUUUCAAUGAAAAUGGAAUAUGAACAUGAAUGGGAUGAUGAAGAUGAACAUACUUUUGAUAAAACUGUUAGAGACCCAUUCUUGGACAAACUUUCAGGGCAUAUUAGUGAUGAUGAUGAAGAGGAAGCAAACAAUGGGAAACUUAAGGAUGUUGUGUUCCCUGUCCAUAAUGAGAAUCAAGAAUGGGAGCAAAUGGUGCCAGUUUUGGGUAUGAAGUUUUCUAAUCCAUUGGAAUUGAAGUUGUGUAUCACCAACUAUGCAGUCAAAAAUGGAUAUGAUUUAUGGUAUGAGAAAAGUGAUCAUGAAAGGUUAUUGGUAAAAUGUUGUAAAGGUAAGACAAAUAAACAGGGUAAAGGUUGUCCUUUUAGAUUAUGGGCAACCUGGAUGAGCAGUGAAAAAUCAUUCCAGAUUAAAUCUCUGAAUGAUAUGCAUAAUUGUGCAAGAGUGUUCAAAUUUGGGUCCAUUGUUACCUAUAAAUGGAUAGCAAAGCAUUUCAUGAAUCAUAUACUUCAGAAACCAAAGAUGAGUAUAAGGAAGUUGAAAGCUAAGGUCAGCAAGAAAUUUAAUUUGAUUGCAAGUGUUGGUCAAUGCAGAAAUGCAAGGAAGUAUGCAUUUCAGGAGAUAGAGGGUACUUUGAAAGAGCAUUAUGCAAAAACAUGGAGCUAUGGAGAAGAGAUAAGAAGGACUAACCCUGGAUCAACAGUGAAGAUGGAUGUAGAUGUCAUGCCUGAUGGAACCACAUAUUUCUCAAAGUUUUAUGUAUGUUUCAAGGGAUUGAAGGAUGGAUGGAUUGAAGGUUGUAGGAGGGUAAUUGGACUAGAUGGUUGCUUCCUAAAGGGCAUAUGCAGAGGUCAGUUGCUCUCUGCUAUAGGUAGAGAUGCAAAUAACCAUAUAUAUCCCAUUGCUUGGGCUGUUGUAUCAGUGGAAAGUAAAGAAACAUGGAAGUGGUUUAUUAACCUUCUAAUUGAGGACCUUGGAAUGGGAGUUGGGCAUGGACUAACCUUGAUAUCAGACCAACACAAAGGAUUACUUGAGGCUGUGAAGGAAAGGGUCCCAGCAGCAGAGCAUAGGCAAUGUGCUAGGCACAUAUGUGCUAACUUCCUGAAAAGGUUUAAGGGCCAAGUGUUUAGAAAGCUUUUCUGGUAUGCUGCUGCAGCUACUACCCCUGCAAAAUUUGAACAACACAUGAAUGAAAUCAAGAAAUUAGAGCCACUAGCUUAUGACCAUUUGAUGGAAAGGGACCCUAAAACUUGGAGUAAAGCAUUUUUUCAGACUGAUAGGGCUUGUGAUGCAUAUGAAAAUGGUAUCUCUGAGAGUUUCAACUCUGUGAUUGAAGUUGCUAGGAAGAGACCACUAAUCACCAUGUUAGAAGAAAUUCGAAUUUAUGUGAUGGAGAGGCUUUAUAGACAGAAGAUUAAGGGGCAAUCUUGGGAUUUAACCAUAUGUCCUACCAUUAGGCUGAAGUUGUCCAAGCUUAAGGAUCUUCAAAGGUUUUGGAAAGUAAUACCAUCUGGUUAUCAACAGUAUGAAGUCAGACUUGGGUAUGAUGCAUAUGUUGUGGAUAUUGGUAGUAGGACAUGUGCCUGCAGAACUUGGCAGUUAACAGGUUACCCUUGUGUGCAUGGGUAUGCUUGCAUUGCAAGCCUCAACAGGGAUGUACAGGAGUAUGUGUCACCAUGGUUUACCACAUCAAUGUACCUAAACUGUUACAGGAAUACCAUUAACCCACUAAAUGGUAGUGACAUGUGGCCUCAUGUAGACUACAUCAGCCCAUUGCCCCCCAAAAGGAGAAGGCUACCAGGAAGACCAUCAACAAAAAGGAAAAGGGAUCAGAUUGAGAGGGAAAACCAAGGAAAAAAGCAUUCAAUCACAAAAAGAGGUAGUGUGAUGAAAUGCAGCAUAUGUAGGGAAAGUGGGCAUAAUAGAACAACCUGUCCUCAAAAACCAAUUGGGGAAUCAUCAAAUGCAAGUUCAAAGAAAAAGAAAUCCAAGAAAGCUGAUAAAGUGAAGGUUGUAUUGGCACAUGAAGUUGAUAUUGACAGUGACAGUGAAGUUGAAAUAGAACCUGAAAGUGAUGUUGACUCUUUUGAUCUUGAAUUUGAAGAUGAUGUGCAACCUGAAGUUGAAGAUGGAGUAGAACCUGAAGUCCAAGAUGGAGUGCAACAUGAAGUUCAAGAUGAAGUGCAAGCUGAAGUUGAACCUGAAAAUCAUCCUGAAGUUCAUGAUGCUAACCAAGUUGAAGUUCACCUUGCAGUUCAAGCUGAAGUUGAACCUGAAGUGCAAGUUCAAGUUGAAGAUGCUAACCAAAUUGUAGUUCAAGAUCAAGUGGAAAUACCAGCUUUUCAAGUUGUAGUGGGAAAGAGGGCAAGGAAACCUUCAGAAAGAAUUACAAAACUGAAGAUAAGAAAGAUGUGGGAGGGAAAACAGGGCAGUAGUGAUGACAAUCCGUAUGAGUUGGAUUAACUUUUGGCUUAUUGUACUGUUGUUAAUGUUUUUGGCAUCUUUGACUGACAUCUUUUAACUUUGGAAUCUUUUGGCACAUCUUUUGAAAACUAGUUGGAAUAGCUUAACUUUUUGCACAUCUUUUGG